CCUCGCCGCGCUUCCCUCAUCCUGACUCUUGCUUUUUUUCCCCCCCCCGCCCCCCGCCCCACCCCGAGGACCGCCACCGCGCCACCAUGACCGACGCCGCCGUGUCCUUCGCCAAGGACUUCCUGGCCGGGGGGGUGGCCGCCGCCAUCUCCAAGACGGCCGUGGCCCCCAUCGAGCGGGUGAAGCUGCUGCUGCAGGUCCAGCACGCCAGCAAGCAGAUCACCGCCGACAAGCAGUACAAGGGCAUCAUGGACUGCGUGGUCCGCAUCCCCAAGGAGCAGGGCGUCCUGUCCUUCUGGCGGGGCAACCUGGCCAACGUCAUCAGAUACUUCCCCACCCAGGCCCUCAACUUCGCCUUCAAAGACAAAUACAAGCAGAUCUUCCUCGGGGGCGUCGACAAGAGGACCCAGUUCUGGCGUUACUUCGCCGGGAACCUGGCCUCGGGAGGCGCGGCCGGCGCCACUUCGCUGUGCUUCGUCUACCCGCUUGACUUUGCCCGGACCCGGCUGGCGGCCGACGUGGGCAAAGCCGGGGAUGCCAGAGAAUUCAAAGGUCUGGGCGACUGCCUGGUGAAGAUCACCAAGUCGGACGGAAUCAGGGGCCUCUACCAGGGCUUCAAUGUGUCCGUGCAGGGCAUCAUCAUCUACAGAGCCGCCUACUUCGGCAUCUACGACACCGCCAAAGGAAUGCUUCCGGACCCUAAGAAUACCCACAUUUUCAUCAGCUGGAUGAUCGCUCAGUCGGUGACCGCCGUGGCCGGUCUGACCUCCUAUCCCUUCGACACGGUCCGUCGUCGCAUGAUGAUGCAGUCGGGACGCAAAGGAAGUGAUAUCAUGUACACGGGCACGAUUGAUUGCUGGAAGAAGAUUGCUCGUGAUGAGGGAUCCAAGGCCUUCUUCAAGGGUGCAUGGUCCAAUGUCCUCAGAGGAAUGGGUGGUGCUUUUGUGCUUGUCUUGUAUGAUGAAAUCAAGAAAUACACAUAAGCUAUACGAGUUGAUUUUUCUGUGAACUGGCAUGUUGUAUUAUGUAACAUAUUUUGAACAUUCAUGAUGGACUCUUUGUCAACUGUCUUUAUUUAUCAAUGGCAACCGGUGGUACCUCCUGGUUGAAAAUGGGAAGCAGUAAUAUUCACCUGACCAGUUUCUUUCAAGUCAUUUCCCCACUGAUGAUGAUGAUGAUGAUGGGACUCAAAUAAUAUUUUUUAUUUCAGUCACUCCUGUUAAAUAACCAAGUUUGAAGAAAUAAAAGAUCUGGAACUAA